UCAUAAUGGGUAUGUACGCUCUCAUUUUCGUCGUUGUUCGUAAACGACAAAAGAUGCUGAGAAAUGGGGAACUUGGUCAAACUUUCAACGAUCGAAACCAACGAAGGGAACUUUUGCAAAAUCUGAAAGUUAUCCGAAUGUUAGUGGUUGUC